AUGGCAGACCAAAACAUUUCACAGUACAAAUACUCGGCGAUGUCCAACCUGGUUCUCCAGGCGGACCGUCGUUUCAUAUCCCGCGUCAACGAUGAGGCCACCGGAGACCCAGAAUCACUCGCAGGUCGUAUAAGCAUUCGGGAAAUGGGCUCGAGGAUAGCGCGCGAUGACGCACCGAAGUCCAAGAAGAAAGCUGUUGGUCCGGUUGACAUUGAGCGGGGUGCCAUUCGAGAGGGCGAGGAUGUCCUUGCGCGUGAGCAGAAGAAACGACAGAAGGGUCAACCUGCCCAACUACGCGGCCAAGGAAUACUAUCCGCGGCCGAUGCUUUGAUUGAAGGCCUCAAAUAUCGCCCUCGUACACCGGCCACGCGGGCUACGUACGACCUAAUCCUCACAUUGACCGCAAGCCGGCUCGGCGAUGUUUCACACGAAGUUGUUCGGAGUGCUGCCGAUGCGGUGUUGGAGGUCUUAAAAGAUGAGGAAAUGAAGGACUUUGAUAAAAAGAGGGAAAUUGACGAUUUACUUGGCACGUCGUUAGACCCCAAGGAGUUUAAUGAGCUUGUCAAUUUAGGCAAAAAGAUUACAGACUACGAUGCGCAAGAUGAGGACGAGGAAAUGGGUGACGGCGUUACUGGAGAAGAUGAGGCCGAACUCGAUGAACGACAAGGUGUCGCCGUGGUCUUCGACGAAGACGAGGAUGAAGACCGCAUGGGUACUAUGGACGAGAUACAUGACGAAGACGAGUCGGAUGAUGAAGAUGAAGAACAGCAAGAAUCUGACAGCGGCGAGGGCGCGGCAAAAGAAGCUCCGGAGGAUCUGCCCACGGAAGAAAUGGUCAUCGAUGGCGGAGCAUCUGCAGACGGAGAGCAACAAAAGAAAGGUCUCAUAGUCAGUGCUCGCGACAUUGAUGCAUACUGGUUACAGCGCCAAAUCGGUGCCGCCUACUCGGAUGCGCAUAUCCAGCAAGAAAAAGCCACCCAAGCCCUCGAGAUCAUGGAGGGCAAGACAGAGGAUGGUUCGCCGAGGUCUUUGCGCGAUGUAGAAAAUGACCUUAUGGAGCUUUUUGAUUACGACUUCCCGGACCUUGUUGCCAAGCUCGUCACGAACAGGGACAAGGUUGUCUGGACCACUCGCUGGCGGCGUGUGGCCGAAGACGCCGACGCUCGUAAUCUAGUGGAGAGCGAGAUGGUCGAAGCCGGACAUCGCGGUAUACUGGACGAGAUCCGCGGCAAGACAGUCUCUCGUGACAAUGAUUCGGGUCGACCCGAGAAGAGGAUCAAGAUGGAUCUUAUGGACGUCGACCUGCCCAAGGCCCCUGCUGCUGCCGAGGAAAAGAAGACCGCGGACGGUGGAUUGGUCAGAGGGCUCCAGCCCAAACGCUUAAUCAACCUGGAAAACCUUGUAUUUCAUCAGGGUAACCAUUUGAUGACAAACCCCAACGUCAAAUUGCCUCAGGGUUCAACGAAACGGACAUUCAAGGGGUACGAGGAAAUUCAUGUACCGCAGCCAAAGUCUAAGCAGGAGCCAGGAGAGAGGAAAGUCGCAAUCUCCGAACUCCCUGAAUGGGCGCGUAUCGGAUUUGGGGAUGCAAAGGAGCUCAACCGGAUCCAGACCAAGUGUUACCCCUCAGCUUUCCAGGAUGAUGGCAACAUGCUUGUCUGCGCUCCUACGGGCUCAGGAAAAACCAAUGUGGCCAUGUUGAGCAUACUCCGUGAGGUUGGAAAGAACCGUAACUCCCAAACCGGAGAGAUAAUGCUUGACGACUUUAAAAUAGUCUACAUCUCCCCCUUGAAGGCUCUUGUCCAAGAACAAGUUGAGAAUUUCGGCAGGCGUCUCGCUCCUUACGGCAUCAAGGUUGCAGAAUUGACCGGUGACCGUCAACUUACGAAGCAGCAAAUCGCCGAGACUCAGGUCAUUGUCACAACCCCUGAAAAGUUUGACGUUAUAACGCGAAAGGCGUCAGAGACGAGCUAUACCAAGCUCGUUCGUCUAAUCAUCAUUGAUGAGAUCCAUCUUCUUCACGAUGAGCGUGGACCUGUCAUUGAAAGUAUUGUCAGCAGGACCAUCCGUCAAGUCGAACAAACCGGCGAUGCCGUCCGAAUUGUCGGUCUCAGUGCAACACUCCCUAAUUACCGCGAUGUCGCAAGCUUCCUUCGUGUUGAUCCCGCCAAGGGUUUGUUCCACUUUGACGGGUCUUACCGACCAUGCCCUCUAAAACAAGAAUUCAUUGGUGUCACGGACAAGAAGCCCAUCAAGCAACUGAAAAUUAUGAACGACAUUUGCUACAAUAAGGUAAUUGAGCACGUGGGGCAAAAUCGGAACCAGAUGCUCAUCUUCGUUCAUUCUCGGAAAGAGACAGCAAAGACCGCUAAAUAUCUCCGAGACAAGGCUCUUGAGAUGGAGACAAUAGGUCAGAUUCUGAAGAGUGACUCUGCAAGCAGAGCUAUUCUUGCCGAAGAGGCUGAAUCCGUCAAUGACGCCGCCCUUAAGGAUAUCCUGCCUUACGGCUUCGGUAUUCACCACGCUGGUCUAAGUCUUGCGGAUCGUGACUCGGUCCAGGCGCUCUUCAAAGAUGGCAGUAUCCAGGUUCUUGUUUGUACAGCGACCCUGGCGUGGGGUGUGAACCUGCCCGCGCAUACUGUUAUCAUCAAAGGAACACAGGUCUACUCUCCCGAGAAAGGUAGCUGGGUCGAGUUGAGUCCUCAAGAUGUCCUCCAGAUGCUGGGACGAGCCGGACGACCUCAGUAUGAUACGUAUGGUGAAGGUAUUAUCAUUACCACUCAAGCUGAAAUCCAAUAUUACCUCUCACUCAUGAAUCAACAAUUGCCCAUUGAGAGCCAGCUUGUGAGCAAACUUGCAGACAACAUGAACGCAGAGAUUGUGCUCGGAAACAUCCGAACACGAGACGAGGGAGUCGACUGGCUUGGCUAUACGUAUCUGUUUGUGCGCAUGCUGCGCUCUCCUGGUCUAUACAGCGUCGGUGCUGACUACGAAAACGAUGACGCUCUUGAGCAGAAGCGUGUUGAUCUUGUGCACUCUGCGGCGGUGCUCCUGGAAAAGGCUGGAUUGGUUAAGUAUGACAAAAAGACUGGACGGUUACAGUCUACAGAGCUGGGGCGGAUCGCGUCACACUAUUAUAUCGGCCACAACUCCAUGUUGACAUACAACCAGCAUCUCCAACCAUCCAUCGGAAACAUUGAGCUAUUUCGAAUCUUCGCUCUUAGCGAUGAGUUCAAGUACAUUCCGGUCCGUCAAGAUGAGAAACUCGAACUGGCGAAGAUGCUUGGCCGUGUGCCUGUUCCAGUUAAAGAGGGUAUCGACGAGCCUCACGCCAAGAUCAACGUUUUGCUGCAGGCGUACAUCUCCCGACUUAAGCUGGAGGGUCUUGCCCUGAUGGCGGACUUGGUCUAUGUGACCCAAUCAGCUGGCCGUAUCCUCCGUGCCCUGUUUGAAAUAUGCUUACGGCGCGGUUGGGCGUCGGUAGCUAAAAAUGCCCUUGAUCUUUGCAAGAUGGCUGAAAGGCGUAUGUGGCCUACCAUGAGCCCCUUGCGCCAGUUCCCGCGAUGCCCUAGGGAUAUCCUCCAAAAGUCCGAGCGAAUCGACGUGCCUUGGGGCAGCUAUUUUGAUCUGGACCCUCCGCGCAUGGGUGAACUUUUGGGCAUGCCCCGAGCGGGCAAAACUGUCUGUGACCUAGUUUCCAAAUUUCCUCGCUUGGAGGUCCAGGCCCAGGUUCAACCCAUCACUCGCUCCAUGCUAAGGGUUGAAUUGACGAUCACUCCCAACUUUGUCUGGGACGAAGAACUGCAUGGUACGGCCCAGGACUUCUGGAUCAUGGUUGAGGAUUGCGACGGCGAAGAGAUCUUGUUCCAUGAUCAAUUCGUUCUGCGCAAGGACUACGCCGAGUCGGAGAUGAACGAGCAUCUUGUCGAGUUCACUGUUCCCAUCACGGAGCCCAUGCCCCCCAACUAUUUCAUCUCCCUUGUAUCUGACCGCUGGAUGCAUUCGGAAACUCGCAUCGCCGUGUCUUUCCAGAAACUAAUCCUUCCGGAGAGAUUCCCUCCCCAUACUCCUUUGCUCGAUAUGCAACGGGCCCCUGUGAAGGCUCUCAAGCGUGAUGAGUACCAGCGGUUAUACCCUGAUUGGGAAUACUUUAACAAGAUUCAAACGCAAACGUUCAAGACUCUCUUCGAAAGCGACGACAAUGUUUUUAUCGGCGCUCCCACGGGCAGUGGUAAGACGGUCUGCGCGGAAUUGGCGAUUUUGCGUCAUUGGGCCAAGGAAGACAGUGGCCGCGCAGUCUACGUUGCUCCAUUCCAGGAGCUUAUUGACAGCCGCCUUGAGGACUGGAAAAAGCGGCUGAGCGGCUUGGCUGGUGGUAAGAGUAUUGCCAAGCUGACUGGGGAGAUGACAGCCGAUCUCAAGAUCCUCGCCGGUUCAGAUCUUGUUCUUGCUACGCCCACCCAAUGGGAUGUGCUUUCCAGACAAUGGCAGAAGCGCAAGAAUGUGCGCGCUGUGGAGCUGUUUGUUGCUGAUGAGCUGCACAUGCUCGGUGGUUACGGUGGGUAUGUCUACGAAGUUGUGGUCUCGCGCAUGCAUUCCAUUGCGCUCCAGACCGAGAGCGGCAUGCGGAUCGUCGGUCUAAGCGUUCCUCUCUCCAAUGCUCGGGAUAUCGGAGAGUGGAUUGGCGCUAGCAAGCACACUAUCUACAACUUUAGUCCCCAUGCCCGGCCAGUACCCUUGGAACUCCACAUCCAGUCUUUCAGCAUACCGCAUUUCCCUUCAUUGAUGUUGGCAAUGGCAAGACCAGCAUAUCUCUCGAUCCUGCAGCUGUCUGCAGAUAAACCCGCUCUCAUCUUUGUGCCUAACCGGAAGCAAACCCGCGCUACUGCCAUUGAUCUUUUGACAGCAUGUUCUAUUGACGACGACGAAGACCGGUUCCUUCAUGCCGACAUCGAGGAGCUGCAACCGUUACUUGGCCGCGUCCAUGAGCGUACCCUGGCGGAGUCGCUCUCACAUGGUAUUGGGUACUACCAUGAGGCUUUGAGUCAGACUGACAAGCGCAUUGUUUCCCAUCUCUACAACAUCGGUGCAAUCCAAGUUGUCAUCGCCUCACGAGAUGUCUGCUGGGAACUCAACCUCACCGGACACCUUGUGGUUGUCAUGGGCACUCAGUUCUUCGAGGGCCGUGAGCAUCGCUAUAUCGACUACCCAAUAAGCGAGAUUCUCCAAAUGUUCGGCAAGGCUUCUCGCCCCGGUCAGGACAAAGUUGGCCGAGGUGUUCUUAUGGUCCCGACGGUCAAACGCGAGUACUAUAAGAAGUUCCUCAACGAGGCGUUGCCGGUGGAGAGUCACUUACAGCUCUACAUGCACGAUGCCUUCGUUACCGAGAUCAGCCAGGGGACAAUUGCCUCCACUCAAGAUUCCGUUGACUGGUUGACGUACACUUACUUUUACCGCCGCCUUCUAGCCAACCCCAGCUUCUAUGGUCUCACGGAUAUAAGCCACGAGGGUCUGAGUACAUUCCUUUCUGAGUUGGUAGAGAACACCUUGAAGGAGCUGUCUGAGGCCAAGAUCAUUGAUCUGGAUGAAGAGGAUGACAGUGUUUCACCUCUGAACGCUGCAUCGAUCGGCGCGUACUACAACAUUUCAUACAUCACCAUGCAGACCUUCCUCCUUUCUCUGUCUGCCCGAACGAAACUCAAGGGCAUUUUGGAGAUUGUCACAGCGGCGACCGAAUUUGAGUCUGUCCAGAUGCGCCGCCACGAAGAACACAUCCUUCGCCGAGUGUAUGACCGCGUCCCUGUCAAAACGUCACAGGUCGCCUUCGACUCACCGCACUUCAAAUCCUUUGUGCUGCUUCAAGCUCACUUUUCGCGCAUGCAGCUGCCUAUUGAUCUGGCGAAAGACCAAGAAGUUAUUGUUAGCAAGGCCCUUAACCUUCUCAGUGCUUGUGUGGACAUCCUCGCCUCGGAAGGCCACAUGAACGCCAUGAAUGCCAUGGAAAUGUCGCAGAUGGUGGUUCAGGCUAUGUGGGAUCGUGAUAGCCCUCUCAAGCAAAUUCCUCAUUUUGGCCCUGAAGCCAUCAAGGUUGCCAAUGAGUAUAAUAUCAACGAUAUCUUCGAGUUCAUGGAUGCGAUGGACCCGUCCGAGAACAAAGAUUACAAUACCCUAGUUAAGCGUCUCAACCUCGACAACAAACAAUUGGCGCAGGCAGCUGCGUUCACCAACAACAAGUACCCUAUCCUAGAACUCGACUUUGAGGUCGAGGACCCGGAAAACAUUACUGCCGGUGAACCUGCGUACCUCAAAAUCAAGGUUGAGCGGGAGGUGGAUGAGGAUGAAGAGUUUGACACGACAGUGCACGCGCCUUUCUACCCCGGCCAAAAGAUGGAGAACUGGUGGUUGGUUGUUGGCGACGAGAAGACGAGGAAUCUACUUGCGAUUAAGCGUGUCACUAUCGGUCGCAAACUGGAGCUGCGCCUGGACUACACCGUGCCUACGCCUGGUGAACAUGAGCUGACGCUAUACUUAAUGUGUGACAGCUAUGUUGGCGUGGACCAGGCUCCCACAUUUACGGUCAGGGCUGCUGAAGGUAUGGAGGAGGAUGAGAGUGAGGAAGAGGAGUGAUGAGGAACAAGCUUUUUUUUGUUUGGGGAUUUACUGCAUCAGAUUAUUGUAAUUAUACGGAUGACUAGACCUGCGAUAUACAGGACAAACAUGGCCUUGUGUUAUCUGUCGUGGAAUGCU